AUGAACCUGUCUACAAAACCAUUAUCGAGUCCGGGUCGGACAGAGAAGUACUACCCACCACCAUUGAUGAGGUUCUUGAGAAUCAAUGUUGGUAGCAGAAGUAGACGAAGGUCACGUUCAAGUCCAAUGUUUGUUAGAAAGACAAAUACAACAAUCGAAACUCAAGAACCCUCCUCUCCAAAAGUCACCUGCAUGGGUCAAGUCCGGGUCAGGCGGUUCAAACAAGCUAAUAUCCGGCCCGGAAAGCCCAAAAAACGCCUGUGCAAAUGGAUCCAAAAAACCCUACUUUGUCAUCACCAUUUAAGUAGAAGAAAACUCAAGCGUAAGUCUUUUACACCUUCUUGGCCUAAAUGGGCUCAUUUCUUUCGUGUCGGAUUUAAGAGAAAAGGCAAAAUUAGCGAGGAUUGUAAUUCUUCAAAGGCUGAACCAAACUAUGGUGUCAGAAGUGAAGAUUUUGAGCAAGAAAGUGAACAAGAAAAAGAAAUGGAAGCUAAAACUUAUGUCUCUACAGCUAUUACACCACCAAGGAAUGCUUUUUUACUGACUAGAUGCAGAUCUGCACCGUACCGUUCAUCUUUAGCGGGAAGAUUUUGGGGGUCACCAUCGGAGAUUGGAAAAACAAACAUAGAAAAUGGAAGUCCCACGUCGUUAAGAGAGUCUGUUUCUGAAGAAUCUGAUAAAGAAUCAAGUUUGCAUCCAGAAACGGAAGUAAAGAUUAGUUUUCUCAAAGAAUUUGAAGGCUCUAUCACUUCAAUCAGAGAGGGAAUUGCAAAUUCUGCAAACAUUAAAGAGUCAAACACAGAGGUGGUUUCCACUGUACGGCCUUUGAUACUCACAAGAAGUAAAUCUGAACCGGCGAGAACCGGUGAGAAGCUUGAUCCGGAAAUGAGUUUCUGGAAGAAGAGAAGGUUGGGUUCCACGUAG